AAAACACGUCAGACUAUCAGUUUAGGUUUGACUAUUGUUAAUACAUAAUUAGUUUUUGUUGAUUAAAAACACAACAAUACGGGAGCAGUUUUGAAAGAUUUCUAAGCAAAAUGUUCAGACUGUUACUUUUCACCUUGGCUUUGGUUAACUUAAAUGAGGCUUCCUUGUCGAAUUUGCAUUUGGUGGUACCCGACGAUUCCUACACGGUUCUGAGCAGUGGCAAAUUAUCAGCAUCCUCGUUGCGUGGCAGCAGUUCGGUAUCACUGUCGAAUGCAAUUUCCGCCGAAGACACCUCCAACAGUGUGGAAAAUGAAGAACAGGCCUCAGAGGAAGCCUCUGCCGCACCAUCAGCCGCUGUUUCAGCACCAUCACCCGCUCCUGCCUCCGGAGCACCAGCACAACCAACAAGUGCCCCAGCCGCUGCCUCGCCGGCUGGUGUAAAUCGUGCUCGACCAAGUUCCAAUUUGUCUGGUCUCUCAUCGGUUAGUUUGUCUCGGCCCUCCGUUUUGGUAUCUUCUUCCACAACGGCUCAAGCAUCGGCCUCAUCUCCCUUGGUCUCGGCCCGAUCAUCGACCACCAUACAACAUCGCAUCUUGCCUGCCGAGACAAUUCCCCUCCCCAUUACCAUCUCCCAGCGGCCUGGUUUGCGUACCGUCAUUGCACCCGAAACCAUAACCAUUCAACAGCCCAUCAUUGCCCGAGUGGGCGAGGUUGUACAACAAAUUCCCACCGCUGUAUCCCACCAACGUCAAACUGUGGUUCACAAACACGCCCGGGUGGUAACACCCAUUGUGGCACCCGCUGUUCGUACCCUCACAUCUCAAAUUGUCCGAGCCUAUCACACUCCCUUGGUCUAUGCUCCCCAAGUGACCACAAACUGAAACGGGGUCACCUUCAACCACUCUCAUCUCAAGCGCUUAGAACAUUUUUAGAGAGCAAAUCGUAAAUUUUGACAAAUUCAUUUUCAUUCCACAAUUUUGGUUUUAUUUUUCUUCUUCACUAAGACUAAGUUUUUCAUUUUCGUACUUUUACUGAAAACCCCAUUUUCUUUGGCUGCCAUAGACAUAAAUGUUAAGAAAACUCAAUGAAAUUCAUUUUUUUAUACACUUUUCGGCUAUGUAUGUAAUUGGCUUAGUAUUUAGAUGAAUAAAAAAAAGAUUGUAUUAUCAGCAGAA